AUGGCGAAACCAAAAUCUUAUGGCUACGAGCCGGUGGAGAUGAUGGAGACGGUGGAGAUGAUGGCAAAAGCAGGAUUAUUCGUGUUAUUUCUUGUCUUAACCUUCUUCACCUGGAUCAUAGACCCUAAAUUCCAUAUUGAAUCGGUCUCUAUCUCACCCUUCAACCUCUCAACUUCUAAUCACGUUUCUUCCAAGUGGAACAUUAGCUUCACACUCACAAACCCUAACGAGAACACUGUCUUCUACUACCAUGACGUCCAUCUCUCAGUUCACUAUAAGAGAGAGCUUCUUCAUAUGACUACGCUCCCCCCUUUUUUGGCAAGGAAAGAAGGAGAGUUCGACGGUGCAAGCCAGUUUUGA